AUUUUAUCAUCACCACAUUUCUGUGGCCAUCAUCUAAUCUUGUUUUCAGCAAAUUUUUAACAUUUAUUCUUGGUUUUUUUCCGAAUUCAUUAGAUACUAUAUUCUUGAUACACUUGCAUUCUAUAAAUAGAGUGAUCCAUAACUAAAAUCUUGUGUGCAUCAUCAAGACAAAAUUGAAUUCUUUAAUUUCGAAAAAUUUUCGAUUAAAAAAAAUGUCAAAUUCUAAUCCAAUUCUCAAGCAACAAAUACAGGCUUGUUCACAUGGUAAUCCUAAAGAUUUUAUCGAAAACUUUUGUAAGAUUCUCGAUUCGAUUUUCAAAGAUAGCGGCAACGAUCUAUUGGAUAAUGUCAAAUGUUUUGUUGAUGAAAUUGUCCAUGAAUCAUUUCCAUUGGUCAAUUCUCGUACCGUAUUGAAAGCAUUGUUCGACAAGAUCACUACGUUGCCUGAUGAUCAAAUCCUAACAUUAUUGCGUUAUGUUUUGGACAAACUAAAUUCACGUGCCCUUUCAUUUGAAGAUCAAGUCGUUUUCAUUCGACAAACAUUAUCACAAAUUUAUGAACGUAAAAAAAGCUAUUCAGAAGCGGCCGAAAUUCUUGAACCAAUACCAUUGGUGAAUGGCCAAAAAGAAUAUCCGACAGAUUUUAAAAUUGAAAUCUAUCUACGUAUUGCUAAAUUAUAUUUGGCCAAUGGUGAUAAAGAAAAAGCCGAAGGUUUCAUCAAUCGUGCCAGUAUGUUACAAUCGGAUGUAAAAAAUGAACAGCUCAAAAUACAAUAUAAACUAUGUUAUGCUAAUUGUAUGGAUUAUAAAGGAAAAUAUUUGGAUGCAGCUCAACGUUAUAUUGAAGUAUCGAAUAAAUUUUUCAUCAGUGAAGAAGAACGUUAUGAAAUAUUGAACAAUGCUAUACUAUGUACAAUGUUAGCCAAUGCUGGUAAACAUCGUUCACGAUUAUUGGCCAUCCUAUUCAAAGAUGAACGUUGUCAACAUUUACCAUCAUUUAAAUUUCUAGAGAAAAUGUAUCUUGAAAAGAUAAUUAAAAAAGGUGAUCUAGAAUUAUUUGCAACAAUGAUCAAACCACAUCAACAAACAAGUCGAUCAGAUGAUACAUCUGUAUUGGAACGUGCUAUCAUUGAACAUAAUCUAUUAUCCGUAUCGAAACUAUAUAAAAGUAUUACAUUCAAAGAAUUGGGAACAUUGCUUGAAGUUGAUUUGGUUAAAGUGGAAAAAAUUGCCUCACAAAUGAUAUUCGAAGAUCGUAUGAAUGGACAGAUUGAUCAAAUAUCCAAUACUAUUGUAUUUGAACAAACAAAUAGUUUGAUCACAUUUGAUAAACAAAUUGAAACAAUCUGUUUUCAAGUCAAUGAUAUUGUCGAUUCAAUACAACAAAAAUAUCCAGGAUGGAUUGAAAAAAGUAUUGAAAUGUCUUAAAUGAUAGACAAAAAAAAAUUCAUGUCAUUUUCUUUUCUUUUCUUUUGUUUCAUUCGUUUAUGACAGAAUAAUAACA